UCUAGCAUAUAUUUCUUAGUAACUAAAACCCACAGCUUCACUAUUUGUACAGAGAAGCUGCCAGGUAGAAUUAAUUCACAUACAAUCGCUCUCUCACUAAUGCAUUCAUAUAAAUGUAAGCUUUACUAGGCUACUUUAUAUGUAUCUGAUAUAGAACAAGUAGAAAUCUGUGAGAAAUAUAAUGACCCAAAGACAAAAGAACUGAUAAAAAUAAGCUGUUAUGUAAGAGCAAUAUUUGUGGGCAGUGUCAUAUGCCGUGCACAAGGCAGCCCAUGUUUCAGUCACAGCUUGACUUAGGGCUCGUUCACACAGAAUGCAUUUUUUCUUUCAAAAAUGCAAGACACGGCAGUGGAAUGUGGGAAAAAAAUGCAUGGUCUCGAGAUGUGUUUUUUUUUUUUUUAAAGUUGAACUGAUUUGAACUUGAGUGCCAAAUUUUUAGAAUGCCAUGCGCGAGACAUUGCAAAAGACGCAAGAUGCGAGUGCAACGGUCUGUCUAGCGUGUUUACAUAGAAAAACAAUGGAAAAGUAGCGGAUUGGAAUGGAAAAGCACGUUCUGUGUGAACAGCCCCUUAUUUGUUCAUUAAUGACGUCAUCAUCGACUAUAUUUAGGUUUAUAACUGGUCAGGUUCUCACCUUAUUGAUGAACCGGAAUUGUAAUUUUUUUGAGUAAAACUGCAAAUUCUGUCUCUGUAAAAAAGCUGCCUCCGUAAUAAUCUUCUGAUACGUGCAGCACAAUCAAGUGAAAAUUGCUGUGUGGGCUAAUUGAUAAAUCUAUUAAACAAAAAGUUGCAUUGCAAAUGACAUAAGCAUGCUCUAGCCCGGAACGUUAAAUGCAAUAUCAGUGUAGGCCAACAGAUGAGUGGGGAGGGGGGAUAAUCGCGCCAGGGCAUGGUAGAAGGCAACCGUGCCUGGUGUGAGUACGCCCUUGAAGCCUUACACAUUCACAGGAGUAGAAAUGUAAUUUUAUAAUAAGAUUAUAUUACAAUUUACAUGUUUGCAUACAAUUUCUAUGUGAGUGUUGAUUAUUAUAUCUAAAAAUAAAUAGCAACUGAAUUUAGGGCUCUGUUGUUAAUUGUAACCUUUAAUAUUAUAGCAAUAAGUAAGUUUUUUAACUCCUGCUGUACCAAACCGUCAUUUUUGUGUACCGUUACACCCCUAAUACACAUCAUCCAGUCCCUCGUGGCAUGCUUUGAAUAUUUAAAUUGUAGGUGGGUUUAAUGCAAUAUAAUCAAACCUCACAUUUAAUUGGUUGUCCCUGUUUUCUGUACAUUAUUAAAUUACAGUUGAGUCAGUAAAGGAAGGCAGAAAGUCAAACUGACAGCUUGAACAUUACACCACAGCUUCAAAGCAGUCUUUUGAUGAAUAACGGGGUGCACAGGACCAGGUUACAUAUGAGGAUAUAAUCCGUUGUGAAAAUGUUUGACAUGAGUAUGAUGGAGGAGGACAAAAGUCAAGAAAUCCAGUAUUGCUUUCCGGACAACAAUUUAUCAUGUUUCAAAGAUAUCAAACCUGAAGUGGAAUACAUUGUUUUGUACAUUUUCAUUUCUUUAUUAUCAGUGAUCACUGUGUUUCUGAACCUGCUGGUGAUCAUCUCCAUCUCUCACUUCAAGCAGCUUCACACUCCAACCAACCUGAUUAUUCUCUCUCUGGCUGUGGCCGACCUGAUUGUGGGACUGAUUGUUAUUCCAUUAAUGGGCAUCAGAUUCAUAGAAUCAUGCUGGUACUUUGGAGAGACGUUCUGUUCUCUUUUUUUAGUUAUUAUUUUUAUGGUUGUUACGGCAUCUCUUGGUAAUUUAGUCUUUAUAUCUGUUGAUCGUUACAUUGCUGUGAGUGACCCUUUGAGAUACACAGUGAGGGUCACAACUGAUAAAGUUGUUUUUUGCAUUAUUAUAAAUUGGAUGUGUUGUGGCAUGUAUUCUGUCAUUAUCUUAUAUAAUACUAUAUUCUAUCCAGAGACACACAACAGGUGUUAUGGAGAAUGUACAGUUUCUUUUAAGUUUGAACAUUUUGUCACAGACCUCAUAGUCACUUUUGUUGCCCCUUCUUCUGUAAUCAUGUCUAUAUAUGUGAAAAUCUUCUGUGUUGCUACACAUCAGGCCAAGGUUGUAAAUUCUGUCACAGGUGUCAGCAGGUCACAAAGAAAGGCAGGAAAAACUCUGGGAAUUGUUGUCGCAGUUUUCUUUACGUGUUGGAUACCGUAUUACAUAGUCACACUUAUUGAAGGAAAUGAGUCAACAGAAUCGGUUGAACUUCAUGUAACGUGUUGGAUUAUGUACAUGAAUUCCUGUAUGAAUCCACUUAUCUAUGCGUUGUUCUAUAAAUGGUUUAGAAUAUCAGCUAAACACAUUGUUACUCUAAAUAUAUUCAAACCAUCAUCAGAAUAUUUCAGUAUUUUCACAGAGGAUAAAUGA